GAGGUUUUAGGGUUUGCGAGAGAGGGUUUUGGAGAUGAAAGGAGAGCGCAAGUUCGCGAUCACGUUUAGCCCGGAGUUCGUGACCAAGCUCCUCAAUGAGGACGACAAGAAGGUAAUCCCGGCCAAGCCGUUCACGCCAUCUCCAUCGCCACCGCCGCAGCCGCCGCGAUCUAUCACAGCGCCGCCUAGGCCGCCGCUUCACGCAUUGCUGACGGCGCCACUCUCCACACAAAAGCCGCCACAGCCUCCGCCUAAGGAGGAGGAGCGAAAGGAAGGAGAGAUCGUCUUAAAGUCUCAUUUGGAUUUGGGAUUGGAUGGAAGGUCCGGUGUGUCUGAUGAGAGGAGAAAGGAUGAAUCCAGGGCUCCUGGUUACGAUGAAGAUGGACCGGGCAAGGAAGUGGCGACAAAGAUGGAUAGACAGCAGCAGGAUCUUCGCAAAGAGGAGAUCGAGAAACAAGAAGAUGGGAUGGAAGAUCAGGAUGUGAAGCCUGGUGACGAGACGAGAAUCACUGCUGAAGUGCCCGCUGCUGCCGUCGCCAGGGAUUUGCAACCUCUGAUGGGAGUUCUCGAAAAAACUGAGAAGCACGGCGAGGAACUCCAGAAACGAGGCAUCAGUGAGCUCGAAGAGAUGAAGAAGAGAGCCGAAGAGCUACAACACAGGCACCGCAGCGACAGAUCUGCGCCGAGAGCACAACCUUGCGCUGCUGAGAAGGACGCAUGCAUCGAAUGCUACCAAAAACUGGAUCCUGUGCGAUGCAAAGCACAAGCCGAUGCUUACGUGAGAUGCACGGCUGCGGCAUUUAAAUCCACGGUCUCGUGAAAGGAAAGGGAAAUCGAAGAUCUCGGUCGGAAGAUUGAUAAGAUCUAUAUAGAGUUUGUAGAAGAAGGAUUUUUGCGUUAAAACCUUCUUUAAGUAGUUUUCGAGAAAAAGUCCGAUAAUUCAAAUUAAGGGUUUAACAGUGAUUUUAAUCCCCA